AUGUCUUCUAUUGCAGGUUCUUCCAUCCCUCCUACGGAUCCUGUCAUGUCUUCCUUGCCGACUGUGGGCUAUCUGCACGGUCUAACAGUCGGUGGAACCUUUGAUGAACACACUGCUGGUCCACCAAGUAGUGAACAACAGCCGAUGUUGCAGCCUCCUGUCUGUUAUACUCCUCCAGACAGCGUUACAAGUGCAACUACACCAUCUCCAAGUGGAGCCCAAACUGAUGCAAAUACGAGCAGCCACCAGGAGAACAACUUCGAUUGUACUUCUCUCUUCGUUCAAAGUCCAGACCCUCCGACUAGGUUUAUGGCAUCGCCGUCCCAGACCCCUCUGUGGGACAGAGUGAAUUCCCUAAGCCCCAGUGCCAAUGUUCCUGCGCAGAGCACAGCCUCAAGGUUUGCGUCGCAGCGUCCUAAGGUCAUCUCUGCCCGGUGCAGUCAAGGUCAAGCGAGUAUAGAGAUCCUUAAUCCAAAGGAUGAAUACGACAAGAUACAGAAAAAGCACGGACCCAGGGGAAAAUAUUCAGAACAGAGGAUACAAAAUGGAAUGGUAAGGGCUGACUAUUCCUUAGUAAGUAAGCAAAGCCACAAAAUGGGGCUUUUGAUACAUAAGUCAAUCAAAACCUGGCAAGCCCUUGAAAAGAAUUAAGAUUGGAUCACGCGAACGUCACAGCGCAGCAUCAGUAUUAUGAGUCAAGAGAGAAAAGACCGUGAUCUUUCCUAAUCAGCUUGAUAGGCGACGUCAUCGAUAUUCGAUUAGGCUCCAAACUAGAGAGGAACGAGUUUAGUUGAUGUUGUUGCUGUUUUCUUGUAUUUUUAAAGGUUGAAAUGAGAAUAAAAACCUGUCUGCAGUUAAUACACCUGGAGGUGUACGUGCAGCGUGAGCUCGAGGCAGAGAAAAAGCUUACACAGAAAGAUCCCAGCGCAUACGGAGUGGGACCAACAAGACUUUCCAAGCUACAGACUACGCAAGUAUCCAGUGAGUUUAUUCACCGCUGGUUUUCUAUCAGUUUUCGGUUACAUUUUUCUGUUGAGAUUUAUCCCAAGGGAGGUACUCCCUUAUUUGGCCUAAGAGGGUAUGUGUCGUUGAACAGGGUAUGGCUUUCAGGGUGACUUGAGUCUAAACAGGGUCAGGAGCCACGGGCUUCUAAAAGGGUAUAAAAUUGCACUUUAAAGGUCAUUAAGCGUCUUGAACAGGUUGUCUGUUUGAACAAAAAAGAGCUCCAUUUCCGCUAAAUCAUGUCAUCUCUUACAAACGAUAGUGGCGUGUGUGGCCGGAUUCGGAGGUGCGGGGUUUAAGCCUUGCCCAUCCCGUUGUUUCCGUAGACAAGGAACUUUACUCCACUUUGUCUCUCUUCACCUAGGUUUAUAAAUGGGUACCGGCGACAUACUGCUGGGGGGUAACCCUGCGAUGGACUAGCAUCCUGUCCAGGGGGGAGUAGCAAUACUCUAAGGUCUUCAUGCUAAUGAAACCGGAAUAAGCUCCGGCCGUUUGGGCCUUUAGCUCGGGUGCGCCUUUACCUUUACUUUUACCUUACAAACGAUCGGGAUAAUUCAUGUCCAACUAUUUAUAUCAGUUUCUGGCUCAUUAAAAUGGCGAGCUGUUGGACUGAUCUUCAGAAACUGUUUGAGAAUACCAUAUUUGAACGUUGAAGAUCUUAAUAUAGGGACUAAAACCUCAUGAUUCUCCUUUGGAUGUGUCGUAAUGGCUACCUGUAAACAGUGUAUGUAAACUAUGUGUAUGCAUGUUAAAGUUAUCAGUAACUUAAAAUUAUCUUUUAGGGAGCGAUUUAACACUGGAACUCUUCACGUACAUUUGCAAGUUCGAUCUGGACUGCGUGUACAAGACGCCAGACAACAAAGAAGUCUACAAGCUAGAGAAAUCCAAAGGCACGGAGUAUAAUCGAUUCCAACUCAAGGUUUACCUUCAGUUUGCCGGUGGAUCUUUCGUGGUUCUGUACCCAUAUGAAUUUGUUCUCAAGAGUAGCAAGACGGGGAGAAGUGAGUAAAAAGUGUUAGAAUGACGAAAUCAAUACGUUAAUUAUAUCAUGUUAUGAUUCUGAAUUCACGAGUACCCCAAUUCAUGCACCUUAGGCUAAGGAAACUAUACUACCACGGGUGUUGUUUACUAACGUUUGAAUGCUUUGCCUCCUUCUUUUUGAAAGCAGCGACCACACCCAACCCAAGUACCUCUGCAUCUCGCCCUUUAUCAGCAGGACCGUCACAGCAAGCUCCAUCAGGUAUUAAAUCACAUCAGUGAAAAUAUUGAUUUGUUGAGAAAAAAAUAUCAAGAAAUCUAAGUAAAGGUGUCUUUUAAGAGGGAAGGUAUAGGAGUCCUGGACAAUUGCAGUUAGCUAUAAGAGAAUACAAAUCCCGCAAGAGCAAGACGAGUGGCUCUUUUAAGUAGAAGGGAGGACUCGGUUCUACACAAAAAAGGUAUAGCACCGACCUUGAGUCAGUGUCCACGAGAUUUUCCUAGUUAGCGUAGUGGUUGUAGGUAUAAGAGGCGAGGCGAACGACCCGAGUAAAAGUUCGUCGCCUUUACUUUCCAGAUUUAUCUUUUGCACGAGUUCUCGAUUUUUACGUUUAACCGUAACUGUCAUUUAGAAGGGCGAUGGUCUUCAAGAAAGGGAGGUCACUAAUAAGAUUAUGAACGGGACUGAACCAAAGGUACUGCUUUCGAGGCUAGACACUCACUUGUGGCAGAACUUAGAAAUGGUAGUCCAGUCUCUGGCAAGGGAAUUGUAAAAACAGCGAUCAUUCGUCAAAAUAGUAUAUCCUGCUAAAUACAGUGAAACUGAGAUGAAGCCCAAUUUUUUUUCUCAAAAUUCAAUGGAGGAUGUCUCUCUGAGAAAUUCACGACUACUACGCAGAACGAUAAGCCACCUUCCCUACGCCCGGCGUUGAUUUUUUAUAACAGCUUUUAAUUAAUUAUGCAGUUUUUUUUCUAGCACAGGUUAGAGUUACUUAAGCUUCACUGAAAAACAGACCUCAAGAUUUACCUUGAAUAAGCGCCCAAAAUUUUGUCUUUUGCUUCUCCAAACGGUGGUUGCCGAUUCACCUUCAUACAUCUCAGAUGGGAGAAAACAGACAGGCAAACCAACAAACAAAAACAGGCGCGGAUCUAGGAAAAAUACUGACCGAUUUCCUAGACGAGGGUCGAAGUCGCAAGCUUCUAGGGGGGUCCGGGGCAAGCUCCGCCUUGAAAUAUUUUGGAUUUCUAAAUCAUUCAGCCAGUCAUUAGCCAUUGGCCAGUUCCCUUGUCCAUGGAUGAAGCCUUGCAAAUCGGCGGAUUAUUUCAUCUCUCGAUUUCAACUUGGAAAGUUUUUUGUUGUUAUUAAAAAUAUAUUUAUCAUGACAAAUCUGACCGAUUUCCGUCGAACGGUUUUAAAAAGCUUGGUAUUUCUUUCUCAAGGAUACAGCGCCACAGUUCCUUUUCACACUUAGUAAUUCAUCUGUCGUUCGUUAAUUCUCUCUAGAUACUCUCUACUCCAGACUAAUGUGCCAACAGCUUGAAGCUGAGUUUGCAAAGAUCAAAACUGUCGAAUGUGAGCAGAUACGGACGAAAAACCACGACAUUGCUUACUACAUCAAGAGAAAACAUGACGAAAGCCAGUUUGAGGAAGGAGAUGUUGUAGGGUUCUUUGUCAGCGCCACGGGAGAAACUGUCAUCGAUCUUUUGACAAGUGAAAACGCAAGUGACGCGAGAUUGGCUGGUGUCAUCAGUCGAUCUGCUUAUUUGGUAGGACACACGGAACGGGAUGACAUUGAAAGAAAUGGUAUGGAUAUUGCGAUUCUUUGUUUAAUGAUUUAGUUAUGCUAGAACUGGGAGUGCAAACCUCGCUCUUCAGAUAGACGUGGAGGAGGAGUCAUUAGAAAGUGUAACAUGCAAAAUGCUUUGUCAAGAUUUUAACCCUGGGUAGCGUUGAUUAUUUACUGGCCAAUUCUACCAACUGGAGGGAAAAUACCCACGACGGGAUUAGCCUAGUCGUUAGAGCAAAGCGGGAGGUCUCAGGAUCGGUUCCUGAGGCCGGAUCAAUACUCAUGGUCUUACAAAAACUUAGAAAUUAAGACACUGCCUUUGCCCUGCAAACGGCUUGACAUUCACGUGGCUCGGAUGAACACGUAAAAUGGCAGUCCCGUCUCCAGUAUGAGACGUAAACUAUAGUGUCCACAAUUAGUGCUUUCGUGCUAAAUACAUUGACACUCAAAUAAAGUGCGUAUUUUUAUAUCCAUCUGAGGUAUCUUGUUUUGCCUCUUAGAUGCUGAUCUUGUGUGUAUUAUUGGUGAGAUCGAGGUCAAAGUCGUUGGCAAAGUCAGAACUGGCGAAUGUAUUUACACCUGUCCCACUGACAAAUUCCCAGGCACGGCAACUACUGAGCGACAUCGCGGUAACUACCUUAUUUAUGGUCUAUUGUUUCGUCUUACUAUUGUUGUCAAUGUCACAAAUGCGCAACUCCGAGAAAAGUCGAGUAAGAUAGAAGAUGAUUAAAUUGGUGGGAUCGUCACGGUUCUCGUUGAUAUUUCUUGUACAGUAUCAAAAGAGGGCACACUUCCUGUCUUUUGGAUGUUGCACCCCGUUACUGUUAGUGCUCACUUUGACUUAUCUACCACAACCCACCAGAGAAUUCCAAUUAGGGAGCUAAAGCAAAGACGACGGCGACGGCAACGAAAACGACGAAAAUGGGUUCUCAAACUACAGAUUACCUAGCCUGCGAGCAAACUCUCCUGGGCGCUCUGGCGGCGGGGGGGUGGGGGGAUGAAGGAGAGCUUGCUACUACGUCUCUUGGAAUUUUGAAUUCCACCUCCAGUUCCCCCGUGGCUCUCCCUCGACUGAACUGUCAGAUUUCCACCAAUCAGCGCUAAGCGAAAACGAGCGCGAAUGUAAACAAACAUUGAAAAAUACGUGCCAAGGGUAAUGACGUCAUUGCUAAUGUCAUCUUCGCCAAUCAGUAUUUCGCAUCGAUUUUUUCGAUGCAGAUAUUCAAAUUAUGGAGACGUAGUUGCAAGCUCUCCUUCCUUUUCCCGCCCCGCCGCUAGAGCGCCCUAGAGAGCUUGCUCGCAGGAUACCGAGUACCAGGCUAUGUUAUCUGGAUUUUAAAUUCAAUAAACAACAAAAAUUUGCAACGCCUUGCAACACAAACAGUUCCAAAGUAAGGAUUACACAACUCUCCGACAGCUCUGAACAAAGGGAGUCAGUAGCCUGUGUAGCAGGCGCUUGGAAGUAGUGGGCGCCAGAGAGAACGAGCGCGCGAGAGGAAGACAAGCGAGGGGACGCCUAAUUUGUUCCUUAACCAAAAUUUCAACGUCCAAGCACUUGAUCUCAAAUCUUGAGCACUCGACAGGAAUUGUGACAAAUGGGUAGCAAAUGUUUUUUAGUUUUUGAAAAUCAUUUUUUAGGAACCAAAAAUAUGCUACAUACCUGAAAAUGUUAACGUAGUAGAGGCGACUACUUACUCGGCGCCUUCGCAGAAAACCCUUUUCUCAACUUUUCAACAGAAUUUCUCUCUCCAAUGACAACCGAAGCUAUUACCUAUUCGCUUAUUGUAUUUAGUCACUCUUUGCCUUUCAUUUUGCACGGUUUCAUUGAAUAUAACUGUGGACUAAAUCUGCUAAGCCUCAAAUAAGAGUAGUUGAGAUUCCUAGACGUCGGUACCAAAAGCCAUGACGUCAUUGAAUAUCCAGAAAUGGCUAUGGCCUAGACUGCUUGACUCGGGUGGAUCUGCCAGCUAAGCCUUCUGAACAAUUUUCAGAGCAAAAUUCUUAGAAUACUGAGAAUAACUAACGAAAAGGUAUUGCUGAUUUAUGUGGUGGUGUUGCUAGGAAACUACCGACAGACUCUGCUUGGUUAUUCACUGGGUGAGUCGUCCAGCACUGGAGUAUCCAAGGUCGACUGCCUGGUAUCCCUGGUACUGAGUGUCAGUGCUAAGGACAGGUUACGAGAGUUGGAUCAUCUAAAACUGUGUAUCGACCAAGUAAGGGAAAGUAUGGAGAUGCAUAUCGAUAAUGUCGGUCACAGGAUCGCAAGUAUGCAGCGAGGCUGGACGGGUAUGUAACGGCGAAAACGCCAGUCAUUACUGUAACUUAGGGACUUUAAGAUCCAACGACGCGACGGCAACGAGAAUGUCGCCUAAAAAGUGAAUUUGCGUUCUUUUAGUCUUUACAGCGAUUAUUCCUACCCACUUACUUUGUUAAAUGUAGGCGAACCCUCCUGAAGCUGAAUUUCAAGUUAUCAUAUUCAAGCUCAGGAAGAGAAAUAAAAUUUCGUUGUUGCUUGUUUACGUCCUCCUUAAAACGCAAAAUUAGACAUUUUCACGUCGAAGUUGUGCAAACUAAAAACAGGAAAGAAAUGUACAAAAAAAGCGUUUUUCCUAGUAAUACAUUUCUUUGACGUCUAGUGCACGACUACGGCGACGAGCUGCAGCAAUUAUUUUAUAUACUCCUUGCAUAUACCUGGCGUAAAGCUAUUCAUCUUUUUAGACUCAAUAAUAUUUUGUUAUCUAAAGCGAACAGCUUGGAUUACUGGCAAUUUUACCUUAUUGGAAUGAAGUAGAUACUGAAAUCCACGUAAUAAGAAAAUCAUCUAGAAAUCAUGCAGAAGCGUCUUUAAGUAGCUCAGGCCACUAAUAAUCAGUCCGUUUUUCAAAUAGUUCUAAAUGCUUUUUCUCUGUUUUUCUUUUUGCAGUUUAGCAACCUCUUUGUUCUUUUGAUGAGUUUGAUAUCAUGUAUUGCUCGUAUUUUUCAUUUUUUUCAGGUUUAUGGAAGAAAUUGUUGGGUAUUCUCCUAUUUCUUGUAGCAGUGUCGCUUGUUUGUGGAUUGAUGCUACCACCAAAUUCUCCCUACGUUAAAAAGAAGUGCAGAGAAGGAAGCAUCGGAAGCAACCAUUACUUUACUUUCAAGUAUUAUCCUGAUGAUGGCUCAGAAGUAAGACAUCAUUGGCUAACUUAGAAACUAAAAGGGAACUGGAACCGAAAUGCGCCCCUCAAUUAUUUCUGGGAUAGUUACUGGGGACGCGCCGGUCAGCUAUUGGCCACUUUUUUUCAUGCCUGUCCCUAUAAACAGUCCCAGAAGUCCUUGCGACAGUCAUCUCAGCCUUGUUUCCUUGACGUUUCUAAAGAGGUGAAUUCUGUGUAGAAAAAUGGCCAGUCGUAUGCAGUACCCAGAUCCAACUCUGUCUCUUUUUCCUUGCCAUUAAUUAAAGUCACAGAUUUCAAAGCUAUUUUCUUGGUCAGGAGUUAGUUGUGUUUGCUACCGGAAUAUGAACUGGCUACUUUUUUUUUUCUCGUCGCCUUUUUCUAGAAAUUCUCUGAAAAUCUUCAGAUCAUUCGACAUUUCCUUUUCGUUAUUAAAGAAUGCAUCACCCCCUAGUCGGUUACCACAAAGAAUCUUCCUUCCGCCGCAGUUAUUCCGAACCACAAACGAAUAAAGUUCAAAUAACGGAGAUUAAAAGGAGGAAAUCGUGAAGUCCGGCGCUGCUCGAUAUGAUCACUCGCGUUACAUAACCUAAAAUGCGCAGCUCGGUUCCCGAAUGUAGUGGCUGCAUCGAUUCUACGAGUCGGUGUUUUAGUUCUCAUGAAAACAAUCCCGUCCAUUAUGGGCUCCUGGCAUGGAAUAAUAGUAUUGUCAUAUGUCAUCUUUUUUGUUUUGAGUGAAAUGUUUUCUUAUUUUGUAUUUUUAAAGGAAGGGAUACCAGUGAGGGGGUUGGAGUUCAGGUGGAAAGUACUUAAAAAGAAGUUAAAUUUGGACUUCGACGAAAUACAGCCUAAUCAAACCGAAUAUGAUUCUAAAGGUAAUUACUUUCAGAAAAAAAUAAGAAUAUAAUUCCACACAGUAUGACAUGAAUCCCGGGAGUUCUUGCGUAAUCGCUGUCCGCACAGCCAAGGGUAUAUAUUCAGCCGAUGCAUUAGCCUGUUCUGGGCAUUAAGAUGAACAAUAAUAAUAAUAAUAAUCUUUAUUUCUUAAGAUAAAAUCACAUAUCCUAAGUUACAAUAUAAACUCAAAAAACUAUUUACAUAUCAGAUCUAAAAAUUAUUUUGUUACUAAAAACGUUCUUAAACCUGUCAGUGUAGAUUCUUGGGACAGAGACUGACGUAUUUCUAAGAUUGUACCUCAUGUUCUUUUCCUUAGGUAAAAACUGGAAGAACGGGCAUUCGGGGUCAUUCGAUCUUUUUUUGUAGAGUGUCUUGUCCGCCUUCUCUAGCAAUCCCUGAUAUUUACAUUCUUGGACAUAAACUUUCUUUUCAUACACCGGUCUAAAAAAUUCUGUAUUACAGAAAGGUCGGAAUCUGAGGCACCAUAAACCGGCAGAGCGUAAGAAAAAUUUGGUAAAACUAUUGCGUUAAAAAGGUGAUCUACUUCCUCCUGGGACAUUCCUUCCUUACGUAAAGAUCCCAAUGGUGGAGUACGGCGCCAAGUCAGUGAGCGGAGAAAAAAUAAGGAGGAAGAGAGGGAGAAGGAGAGAGGAGGAGACUCCCUACCCACUCCCCCUCGCAGUUUUCCUUCCCAAAUCUCUUUGCGCGGUGCACAAAAUCUGAACCCCUGGAACAGGGCACUGAUGCAUAAAUGGUGGAAAGUGAUAUCCGCCCACAACUUGGGUAGGAAUCAAUCCUGGUAUUUCUGAAAACUGAUAAGAGUAAAAAAGGCUUUGCUCAGUGGAAAACGUUUCAGCAGUCACAAGAGCGUAGAAAUGUUUCAGCCCUUUUCUCCGAAUUUUAAUCCAUUGGUAUAAUAUUCAAAGCUGUCUAAUUUCCCACUUCUUUAAUUCUGUUAAUGUACUUCUCAACUAGUUUAAGUUUUUUCUGUUAAGGUGAAUGACAACUAAUAGCAGAGCAUGUAGUUCUUCUGUCGUUAAGCAAACUGAAACACAAAUCUUGUCUUUGUCAAGACUUAAAAGCCUGCGACUGACUUACGAGGUUUGCGUUAAAAUGACAUGGCCGGAUUAUACUUUUCGUUUCGCCUUGUCUGCCGAAAUUUAUUUACAGAGAAAAACUGAAAUAGAGCUUGAUUGCUGAAAAUAAAACUGUAAAAUAAACUAACAAUUCAAGUGCUGUUAUUAUUUUGUUGUUUCAGGUUUUAGAUACUAUAUGAACCAGAAACGCUGUGAAACUGGGGGAAUACGAUCUAUCGCGUCAUGGUUAGAUCCCACGCCAACAGUACCGCAUGUUAACGUACUUGCGGUAGACAAAAACUGCACAAAGGUUUUUUACCACAACAAAAAGAGCGGGAGCUGGUCCAAAUAUAAGAAGAAUACGGUGGGAGAGCUUGAAUGCUACCCGCCGCAUUGAAACUUCAGCCGUUUCCUCAGAAUGGUUUCACCAGCUCAAACGUCUCUGAACUUUAUUCUUUUUCAUUUGGUCUGUGUAUUUCAUUUACAUACCACUAGUGAAAUGAAAACAAGUACUAGGUGCCUUAACUUUGUUUUUGCAAUGUUCUCUCCCUUGACUGCGGUCAAAAAGUGCGAAGGCUAUCUUUUCUCACCAAGUGAAAUCAGUAAAAACAGGAGCCUAUGAUGGGUUCCUGGUAAAAAUAUUGUUGUUGAAGAAAUGGCUAGCCUUGAUUAUUCUGCGCGGCACUAAAUUUAUGUUGAAGGUUGAUUUUGCAGAUGGGUAAUUUUUAGCCAAUUGUUUUUUCAAUUGGCUCCGUGUCGACCACGAGGUAAAUUUUGGCCAAGGAAAUAUGACCUGUUAUUUGGCGGACUAGAGAAAAAUAGAGAAAAUCAUUUGUAUUUGACGAAACUGGAUCAUCCAGCUGAAGGCAUCUAGGUUUGCAAACCUGGGAAUAAGUAUUUGUAUAUACGAUGUCACUCGUGUAAAAAGUUCAUAUAAAAGGGGGUUAGCAAGUUCCUGAUUUUGAAAAUCAGCCACUAUGUAAUAAACUAGUAGUAAUCUCAGAUAAGGAAGUGCUUUCGAACCUUUUUCGGUUUACUGUCAAAUGUGACAUUAUUUCCUAAUAAAAUAAUGUGAUACGGACAGUGUGAGGUUUUGAUGAACUACAAUGGGUUACGCGCAAUUGCGUAGAAGAACGAUUACUCGAUUCUUUUGGUUGGAGACAAUAAAAGGUCGGCUUACUGCUGUAAAUAUGACAACAGCGACAGCUCAAACAUUUGUACAGCGACGAAAUGCAGUGAACUGCAGACAGAGACAAGUUUCGUCCAGGGAACUCAACGCCGAAGAUGUCGUUUCUACGCGUCUUAGCCUGAGUGAUGCAAAACGUUCUGAGGCUUUGACAAAAAGUUGCCACGAAUCCUUCAAAAACAUUGUACACGACAACUUACCAGCCGUAACCGAAAUCAAAAGAGAAGCAGCCUAGAUCAUCGUUGAUUUUGCCUUUGGCAAUGAAUUCGAGCGAGCGCAGUACGUCAUAGCUUGGCGAUGACACAUGUAUGACAUUAUAAAUUCAAUAUUGCGACGAAAACGGCACAAAUAUGUGACCAACCAAAGGAAUGUGAAGAAUCUGGCAGAAAGUGCCUCUACAUGAUCGGUAGCCGCGCUACGAAAUUGGUAACCGCGCCUUGAAGAAUAGGUAGGCUAAGCGUUCUUCGAACGCAAAAAGGUCACGUUUGUACCAUUCAGUGAAACCAUGCAAAACUUGGUCUGUUAUACUUCUGUUCAUUAUCCUACGGAAUAUGUUCCUUGUUUUACCAACCUAACCCAGCGCUCACUCAGCAGGGUUCUAUCUAGGAUUUAUCAUUUGGGAGAGAAGUCCCGAGUGGCCGAAGGACAGGAGCUUCCUAGUGGGUCCGGAAAUUUUUUUUAGAUGAAUAUGCGCUGAGAUGCAAUCUGGUGCAUUUUGAGACACAAUUCUGAGAAAUGUUACAGUGUGUGCACUGACCUCGUCGCGUCGCGAUGAUUUUUCCGAUAUAGUUAACUUAUAUACUGUAAGGAUAACAAUAUUUUUGGGGGGAAGCUGGGCAUUUUUUUGAUGGGGAAAGCUUUUACCGCUCAAAUACCCUAGAUAGAACCCUGCUCAGUUCCCCUGACAGGGGCACCCAAUGGAUCUGUUCCUCAAAAUAUCUGUUCUUCAGGCAAAUUUUUGCUGUUUGGGAGAUUUGGACAAAAUAAUAUGUCCUUGGAAAUUGGAAAAUUGUGGGUGUCUGAGGUGAUUUGAUGUGUAGAAUAGCUGCUGUGCGCUAUCUGUCAGAAACCUCUUAGCCCUUCCCCCCACCCCCCACUGAAGAGAUGAAUGUAGCCCUUAGGCCACACUCAAUUCCCAUCAAACCCCUCCCCACCCCCACUGAAGAGCUGAAUUUGAAUUUUGAACGUCUGCUGGGAAACUUCCCAGUAAGUCAGGUUGAAGGUUGAAGGUGCACCUUGCUGGCUGGGAGCCUCUUCAUCAGUCUUGCUCGGAGUGAGGAACAGAUAAAAUUUUCCCAGCAAUGUCUCAAAAUGUUUAAAAUAGCUUCAGACAUCUUUAUUCAUGCUUUUUUGUUGUUUUUAGGUCUUUUUCUCAAAAUUUUCCGUUGGGUGUCAUUGUCCUGAGGUCGGAAGCGGGUGGGGAGGGAGACCUUGUGAACAACGUCGUGGGGGGGGGGGGGAUCUGGAAAAUGUUUUCUCUGACGACGAGCCCUGUUUUGGUCGAAAACUAGUGGGAAGCAUUCCCCAAGGUUUCUUAAUAGGUCUACCACUGUCAAAUCGCCUCUAUAACAGUAAAGAAACUAAGGAAUACAAAUUUUAUAUCAUCAAGGCAUGUUAAGAGGGAAAAUACCUCACUUCCGGUUGACGUGCGUCGCUCAAAAACGUCGCUGCUUAAGCUCCCUAUUACUGGUCAAGUCAAAUUUUGUUGGCCAAAUGUGCCAACGAUACGUACACUUAGUAGACUUUCAAAAAGUUUAGUAAAUUUACAGCAUACUCAGGAAACAACAGUAGCUACAAUUGUAGCCUUGAAACUGAACCCGACUUCACUUUGUGGCCUCGCUGUGAACUACGUGACCAGAUCCUGUCACUCGCUAACUUUGAGGGUCAAUAAAGAUAAGUUUCGAAGAUAUGUUUUUCGCAGUUUUCUUUGAAAUUAAUUUUACCUAUUUUUAUUAUUAUACCGGCUUUGUAGAUUUACAAAAUGAAUUUUGGUAUUUUCACGAAUUUAAAAUUUCUUGGAGGGUUCAUUUUUUCAUUUUAGAAAACUAAUGCGGUGAGUGCCAUUAACAAUCCAAAUGAAACUUCUAGAUCAUAGAGUCGGUGCAUGUGUGGAAUAGACAAAUAACCAAUACACAGAUUUUGUUGUUUUUAUCACAGACAUAAGCAAAUUCUUGGGCGACAUUUACUAAGGCAUAGACCAUCGAUUGAAGUUAUUUUAUGGCGUCUCCAAAUAACGAAGUGAUGAUGUUAUAGGCUAAACAAGAGUAUAGUUCUGGUAAAACACGUCUACGAUGGACAGUGGAAAAAAGCUAUGACAAUUAAAUAAUAUAUUCACGCUGUUGUGUUAUUUGAAAUAUAAAAGAAUAACUAAGUUUUAAGUAUUGCAGUGUGUUUUCGAGUAUAUAGUAUUGUUAAAUCAUUAUUGUCUUCCAUAAUGUGUUUUUUUAGAUACCACUUAAAUUUAUUAUCGUUAUUUUCCCUAAAGAAGAUUAAGAAAAACAUAAUAAAAAAAAGCUACGCCCACGUGCACGCCACCUCUAAGGAAGCAAACGUGUUUUAAAAAUUCAUCUGAUGGACACACUUUUAACAAUGUUCAUCGCUACAGGUAGGCAGUAUUUUAGUCUUGCAAAAUUUAUAAAUCCGCCAUUUAGGCUCACGGUAGAACUCACGGAAUAAUCGCGUGAUUGUCUAUCCACCUAAAUGUUUUGGCGGAAAAGGAAGUAGAAGUACGAACUAGUUAUCACGGUUAACAAGAAGCGGGCUUCGUGGUCAUUUCUGCCAUAAAGGUUUUCAUAAGAAUCAAACAUCACGAAUGAAAAGGUACUAAAUACAGCGUUUAUUUUGUAGGGGUGGCGAAUGGUACCUCGAAAAACGUGGGUCUCGGAAAUUUGGCAGGAUCUCGAAAUCUGGGAAGCGUUUUUACAAGUCUCGAAAUCUUGUUUUUGCAUGGUUUGUUUUUACUUUUUUUGAGUCUCGAAACCUUUUACCAAAGAGUCUCGGGGUCGGAUUUCUAACUAGGAUCUCGGCGCCUCGGCGAGUCUCGGAUUUUACCAUUCGCCACCCCUCUUUGUCAUCUCUUGUACCAUCAUCAUACUGACGGAUUCAAGUUCCCUAAUUUAGAAGAUACUCUUUCCUAUUGUUAAAACGAGUGCUGCUAAAGUUUAUGAAAUCCUGUGCAGUAUGUUCUUAAUUCUUGAACACUGUUCUCUUAAAGUUUCAAUUUCAUAUGUUGCCGGCAAAAGGAUUAAGUCAUGAUAUAAAGACAUUCUUUUGCACUUUAUGUUCGGUUUUUAGUUGCGAUUUAUCGGAAAAAAGGUUACAACGGCAAAGAACUUAUUAUAAAAAGUUAAGUUAAACAGAAAAGCUUUUAGCCCAGGAUAAUGAACAUUCUCCAACGUUUAAAAAUACAGUUUGACAACAUUCUUGUUUCUUAGAUAGAUUAUCUUAAUAUAUUUAUAGAGUGAAGUGUGGAAGAAGGAAGACUGUAGUCUUUUGUUCAACUCACAGAACCGUGACCUGUGCCUAACGUUUGUUCACACCAAUUUCAAGACCUGAGUCAUUUGUUUUGAAAUUUCAAAACCAUAUAAUAUUUCUACAUCUCCUAAAGUUUAUUUAAAGUCUCCCACAAGUCCUUUGUCUGACUGAGACCUUGGAGUGAAAAUCAUUUUUUUAGGCUUACCAAUCCAACAGGGACACAGGCUUUCUUUUGUUGUGUAAGCGUACGCUUUAAUGUAACUCAACAUGAUGUCGUUUUGGACUUUUCUGUUAGUAUUUAAUUUACGUCACGAUCGUUGGUUCAAGGUAAGUACGAUGUAACUUCGUUGUAACUCUCACUCGGCUCGUGUUAUGCCCGGACCGCAAUUGUUGUAUUUUCUCACGCAAACAUUCACUAGCGAUGGAUGGAUUUAACUGCAAUAACUGCAAUCAUUCCCUGUAUCUGUACAGAGAGGAACGUUUACCCUGUUGUCUCUACAGUGCUGUUGAUUGCCGGAAACAAUUUAGCUUGAGGCUAGACCCUCAAUUUUCAAUUUAUUUCAAAGAAACGCAUUUAAAAAGAACGCUUUGACGGCAAACCGGGUAAAACUGUGACAUAAAAAUGAUUCAUUGACCGCUUGAGGGGCUCAAUUUUCGUUUAAAAACACGGCACAAACAUAAUUUUUUUUCAAAAUAAUUUCUGAUCAAAAUAAUGGUGGACUGUAAAUUAAAAAACACAACGGUAAGUCCACAAAGAAAUUAUUACGUUGAAGAAAAUUUGCACAAGUUAUAUAUUAAGUGAAAAAUGAACAGUUAUGUAGUGAUGUCGGUGUGUAAAUCUGUCAUAAAACCCUUACGAUGUUAUUUGUUUCGUUCUUUCAAACAAAGAAGUUUCAGUCUGUUUCAAUUAUAGAGGCAAAAUAAUGCUUUGAAAUUAACGUCACACAUUUAUUUUCUAGGAUAGUGAUCUUUGGGCAGCUAAGAUUGGACUAAAUAUAAUGGAGACGAACGGAAUUUAUCCUAAACAUACUAGUCUGGAAAGAUUAUCCAUCGAAAGUAAAAUUAAUUUGGGAUUACCGAGUCUGUAACUGCAAGUUUAUCUGGACAAUUAAAAGUGAGUGUAAAUUAAACAGGAUUGAUUAGUAAUAUAAAUGUUUAAUUAUUUUUCACCGAAAAAAAACUCUUUGACUCAAUGGGCUUGGUACUUAUUAGUAAUGCAAACUCUGCCGCUUGUUAAAUGUGCCAUCUUGCCAAUUAAGAUAAUCGUGUUUGUGUGGAAAAGAAAUAAUAUUCCACUAAACAAAUUUCCUCACGUUUAGAAAUUCUAAUCAACGUCUAGAUCUAUUUGUCAAGUGAAGAGGAAAUAAAUUUUUUUGGCUGAUUUUUCACGUCUAUUUUAUUCUGAUUUCUUGUAAAAACAAACCAAAAUAAAUUCUUUUUCAAUUACCGAUUAUCGCCUGAUUUCUCUCUCAUACAUAAUUGUUGCUUAUCUUAUGAUAGCCUGCGAGCAAGCUCUAGUCUCCUAUCUGGGCAAGCGAAGUGAACCUCGCGAGAACGCGCGAGCGAGGGGCCUAGGAAAGGAGAGCUUGAAACGAUCUUUCAUAAAUUUUCAUUUCCACCCCGGAAACCCCGGGACUCCGCAAGGCGUGAAAAUGGUCACCGCAAACGUGCCGCAGAUUAGAAAAGUGACAACCGCCUGUCAAGUAAGUUUAGACAGCAGAGGGCGCGUAGAAUUAUUUAUUUAUAAAUCACUUUCGGUACAGCAUCAAAGCAAUGUUUAAUCACUGAUAUGUUUCUUUUUUCUACGGGGACAUCGAACUUCAACGUGUCCGCUCGGAAAAGAACUCACUACUUUGAUUCUCGUUUCGUUUACUUUUGAAAAGUCGUGCAUACUGUAGUGUAGAAGACUACUCCCCAUCGCAAUCACCAACAAAAACUUCAUAUAAUUUGUCCGUGUGGAACUGGCGAAUAGCGUUUUCCUGUACUUGGUUCUCUUGAGGUUUACUCCAGUUGCUUCCAACUCUUUCUCUUUUCCUUCUUUACGGUCAAGCUACACAGCUACACUGUCAAGUACACGUUUCUGAAUUUUUCUACCCAGUAGAAUUCAAUCGGGCGAAGAAACCGAUGUUGGAAGACAGCGCUUGAAUCACUCUUCACUUUCACUCUCCCGGUUUUCAGAACUAAACAAGGCGCUUGACACAAAGGAAUACAACUGAUGAAGGGUUUUCAGUUUCCUUCCACAAGAACUACAAACUCGGUCAAAUUUAUCCUCGGCUUGCAAUAUUCUCUUUGCGAGAAUUACAUCAAAAGAGCCCGUCUGCUUUGAGGGCUGAAACAAGUUCUCGGUACCAAUCUGAUCCCCCUGAGAAACCAACUUUGACACACAGACGAAGCGGGUGCCAGCUUGACCUGUUAUCAGUCAACUUUGAUUUCCGGAACGUCAUUUUUCAGCCAAUGGUAUUUCCCUUCGUCUGGGCGAAGUACAAAUGAAAUUUUAUGAGAGAUCGUUGCAAGCUCUCCUUUCCUCUGCCCCUCGCGGCUUCGCCGCUCGCUCGCGCGUUCUCGAGAGACUCGCUUCACUCGCCCAAAUAGGAGAGCUUGCUCGCGUUCUAAUCUUAUGACAUUGGCAUUGCCAAAGAUUUCAAGUAUUUUUUUUUCUGUUUUUGAAAAGACGAGUAUUUGUCCAACCUUAUCUCAGUUUUGAAUAGAGGGGGGCCCUGGGCAUAGCCUUCUUUUUUGUUUUAAAAUUCAAAUUUUUGUGAUAAAGGACUCAAAAUGUUACUUGAAUAAACGAUUAUCAUCUGAUAUUACAUCCUCUUCUGUAGCUCUUUCUUUCUUCUUUUCUGGAAUCAAAGAUUAUAAGACGGAAUCCAUUAGGAAAUCGAAAAAUUUUAAUAUUCAUUGGACAGAAACCUUGUAGCAGAAUAUUUAAAGCCAUAUAGCAUUCUUUUUUACACUUUUCAAGAGCUAUAAGUGCAAUUAGUUAUCUGUAUUAACACCAACUACAAUUUCCUACAGGAGCCCGAGAAAAUACAUUUCAAAUUUUACAGGAAUUGAGAAAACACAGUCAGGUAAAAUCUUCAUGCGUAAGAUUUCAUUGUGUGAAAUUUGAGACUUUUGAACAUAAAAACAAAGUUUGUUUUCUCUGGCUCACUACUAAACUGUUAAAUAAAUACCUUUUUCUUCGGAGAAUUUUAUUUUUGCAUUGAUUGAAUUAUUUUUUAUUCCGUUCUUUAAAUGACAUGCUUCAACCAAUAGUAUCCAUUUUGGUUCCUUACUUUCAUCAGUUUUAAAGCGCUUAAGAAUUGCUAACAUUUCUGCUCAAAAGAAAAAUGUCUUGAGUGAAAAGCAAGCUUGGUUAUCUGCAUUCUGGAAUAAUCUUAUGACGUCAUUAAUGCUUCUCUCUAUAAUUUUCAUCCUGACUGAGGACAAAAUCACCGUAAGGACUUUGUAUAUUAGCGCGAUAAAGCACGGCAGGCUGUUUUAGAAAAGCCCUGGAUGUCAAACCGACCACUUUUUAAAAAUGUGAUAAAAUCUUGGACAUCGUUAAUUGAAUGAGUAGUAGUGUACAAAAUGGACUUCAUACUUGAUGUCCUGGAAAAUGGUCCUUAAAAUGAAAUUAAAACAACAACAACAAUAAUAACAACAGAAAACAAAGAGUGAUUUGAACAUCAAACCGCCGAAAAUUAAUCAAGCCAUACAGAAAUAGAAGUUAAAAGCAUUAUUUGGCUUGUAAAUUAACGAACGCAAGGGCUUGACUACCCUAACAAGAUAACAAUUUCAGAGCAAAGUGGUUUUGCUUGCGGGACGGACGUGCUACUAAUUAAAUAACAAGCACCACUUUUGGGGGUUUUAUCAACAAAUCUCAUAAGGGAAAAGUAACAUUUACUUAGCAUGAAAAAUAGUUUACGUGGCUUGAUAACGUAACUUUAUUGGCGGAACUAACGUUCGUUUUCAUUCGUAUCCUUUGGAAUGUCAUAUCAAAAUUGUUGCUAUAAACUUGUCAUCACACGGUAUGUAGUAAAUUAUUAAAGACUGCAAAACCUCGUUGACAGGUUCCAACUUAAAGAAGGGGAAAUUUGGUUUUCGUGACUGGUACAUAAUACGAAUUAUUUCAUAUGCGUUCUCAACUUUUUGAUGCUAUUAUUCUCGGUGCUAAUUGCAUUGUUUGUCUCUACAUUUUGCGACAAAUACGUGUUUCAAUAGACCAUUAUAGAGAGUGCUACCGCACAAGUAAUAUUUAAUUUAAUAGAUUUCAAGCGCGGUGCACCUGCAAAGAAGUAUUUAUAAGAAAAUGUUUAAUUUUCCUAACCAAUCUAUGGUCCAGACCGAGAAUUAAGUUUAAGUGUUAUUAUUAGCGUUGAUAAACUUAAGAGGUGGAUGUGUUGAGAUUUAGAAGACACAACUUCUUUACGGUAACUGUGUUUCAGGCACUGUAUUAUCUCUCAGACUGUGCAAUAUUUUCCUUAUUGCCUCUAUAUUUGUCUCUAUACAGGCCGGUACAACUCAAAUUUGAAUAGCGGAAAGGAAUACGGAUUUAUAUUUAAGGAUGAGGAAGGAGACCAUCUUUAUGACGUUCGUAAUUGCAGCAUUCUUCGAUAGUCUGCUAACAAGGUUAGUGUAAAACAAAUAUAACGCACGGAAACAUAUACGGUGGUUUAGAAAUUUCCUAUAAAGAAUCCCUGGUACAUAGAUUUGAGUAGUAGUUCCCGAAGACUUUUUAUUGAUAUGUUUGCUAUUGUAUAAGCAGCAUAACAUGAUCAUUGCAAUGCACAGUGAUUUUCGUUGGUUUUAUAAGAAGAACAGCAGGCCUACUUUCCGACGGAAGAUGUCCAAGCGGUUUCAAAACAACGAGCUUUUCUUGAUUAAUGUUUGAAGAACUCGUUUAUGGCGAGUCAGCUUAGCAAUUAUCUCGAGAUUAUCGUUAAAAAAGAAACAGAGCAGGCAAGAAAAGAAUCGUCGCUGGCCUUGUCUCGAAAAAGAUUCUCAUGCACAGGCUGUUACUUGGUGUUGAGAGUCUAGCUUCGUUUACUCGUACCUUAGACGUGUGAAAUUAUGCUGCAAGACAGUCAGCGUAAAAUUACGGUGAAAAAUAAUUUUUCCAAGACAAGCCAGUUAGAAUUGAGCUCUGGAUCAAGUUUCGGUGGUUUCGAAUUUAAAGCUAAAGAUGAUCAUGAGUAAAGAAAAUCUUUCAGGAAUCACGACAUUGUCUUGAGGAGCGUCUGUUGAACAGUGUUAACGAGAUAACUGACUGCAGAACAUUUCAGAAUGGCUCAUUAACUACCAAUAAAAUAGCUAACCAAUGUGGCGGUACCUUAAGAAGAAAGGCGAAAAGCAAAGAUUGUUUUCAUUUUAUGUUUUAAGUGGUCAUAAAAAUCCAACUGCUGCCUAUUAAAAUACUUCAAAUUGGUAGACUUUAUAACUAAAACACAUACCGCCGACAUAUAACAGUAAACCACAAGACGAAUCAAUCACUUACUACCGGAACAGCUGUUUUAAGACACAUAAGGCAAAUUAAGGUUAUAAUACGCAGGAAAUGAUAACUUAAAGAAAUUUCUAGAAACACAGCACCAUGCAAAGACUAGCACUCAUAUGAACGACAUCUCCAAGUUUGAUAUACAUGUAAAGUCAAGGCGGAAAAUAUAGUCUUUGUAAUAACUGUAUAUAAAUUUUAGCACAAUAACACUUAAACAAAGUUUACUUGCAUACCAACUAAGAAGUAAUCGCAAAGACAAAACUAUUUCCAGUUCUCAUUUUGUCGAUAACAUUGUUGAAAGUUUACAUUGUUUGAUAGACAUCAAGACUCCUUUCUUACCAGCUGUGGUAAUAUUAUUUAAACUUUACUCCUUCAGAUCAGAACCAAGAAUUACUCAUUAUUGCUGCUGAUUGCCAUGGUUCAAACCAAUGUCUCACAAAAUUGUGAGUUACCAACAAGUACCCACCAGAAAAAACUGAAAAAGAACCGAGCUUCCGAGCAAACAAGGAUUGUUUCGACAUUUUUUUUAAAGGGAACGACGGACGACACAGCUUAAAACAGUUAACCUUGCUUUUUUUCUUUCCCUCGUAUUUGUUCCUCGUUGGCAAUAUUUAGAAAAAGUAAUGUUUCAUUGCUGGAAAUAUAGAGGAGCGAGGGAACGAGCAUGAGGAGGGGGUUAAUAAAAACUGGGAAUAAAAAACCUCAGUUAAACCCUAACCACUGUCAUUAGUAACCCCAUUACCCACUCUCUGUUUAAUGUUCCUAUUUUUCAUUUUCCAGUUUCCCGUUCCCCAUUCCCUGUUUUGUUACAACCCUUGGCUGGUCCUAUAUCUGGCGACAAUAUGCCUCUAAAGUGUGUCUUGAAAUAAACUCAUCUGCGUCUUAAACGCCGUAAAAUUAAUUAGCGUGAAAUUUUUCUCAGCACUCCGGGUAUAGCGAGCUCCUGCUAAAGAACUGUUAGGCUCCAUUAUUUUAAUUUUACUAUCCGAAAAAACAAAAUGAAGCAUGCGUAUAUAUUUUUUAAAGAAAAAACAAUUUGCGAGCAACAGAACAUUCUCUUUACACACAGCACUACCUCUGGGCUCAUUGAAAGACGACGACGCAGGGAUUUAAAUCGUACUAUUCCUACAAGCAGCUCAAGAAAAGGUGAGUUUCUAAUCGUUGAAAGAGUAAAAUAUUAACUGAUUAAAAAACCAUCUCAGCGACGUUUCCAAAUUUUGUAAAUGGUUGCAUCUGAGCAUGCACACUGAUUACGAUUCAACAAUAGAUGGGGUUCAGCCAUCUAAAUUGAGGUAAUUUUUCUGCAGAUUGUAAAUUGAGCUAUCACUGACAAAAUGAACGCAACUCAUUGACGAGGAUAUUGCUGUUUUAGGUCAAAUCUGUGUUGACGUCAUUACCUAGUGCCUUAACCCAUACACAAAAUGCUCCUCUAGAGUUAUGAAGAAAAUAUCAAACAAAUUUCAUCAGGGAGCAUUAACCAUAAUACUUUUUGGUUACUUUUUUAGGCAUCGGCCCUCAACUUAAUUUGUCAAUUUUCAUUUCAUGUCCAUCCUCCCCAUCCGUGGUAAAAGAUGACGACAGGAAAAGUUUCAGUGCCUGAAAUAUUUUCUAAAUUUAAUACAAAACUGGACCAAUGUUUUUAAAAUCAAACUGACGCAGAGACAAUUUUUAGCUUUUUAAAAAGAUAGCAAAUAAAGCAAGUAAAGCUCCUUUAAUAUAAAGUGCAGUCAAUUGUCUUUGCUGGUAAACAAUAAGAGUUAAACGUAUUCAUGGUUUCUGCUAGUAUUGAAAUAUAAUAAACUUAUUAUUUUAGCAUUGCCUGAUGACUCCUACGCCAAGGUUUCAAAGUUAAUUAACAAAAGACUGAAACAUUACGACAAAAACGUUCGUCCAAAUGAUACAGGUAAUGAAAUCAUUUUGUUCAUGCAAUCUCACAAUAAAAAUCUGCAGCAUUCUUAUCCAAAGGUCCUCGUUGCUUUGUCCAGCCUCCCUGGUAAUUGAGUUUCUUAGGUACAUCAUACAUGGUAAUUAUAACGUAUCGUAAUAGAGUUCUUUCUGUUUUCUUUACCUACUAACUGUUGUCGCUUUGCUUGCUUAUGGUAUCUUUGAUAAAUUGAAUUAUUUGGCUGACAUGAGUAACUAGGCUGAGUAAAAGCGACAGCGACAAGUAAGGACGACAGAUCGAAAGAACUAUAUCACGGUACAUUAUGAUUACCAUAUAUAUAAAGUACCUACUAUUUAUUACCGACCACUAAUCCAGGAGAAUGCGGACUCUGAGCAUGCAAUUACAACACAAGUCUAAAUUUUUGUAAAAUUAUCUAGAAGGGUGAAUUUUAGCCGGGGAGAACGCUUUUUUGGGGCCCAUCAAAUGAAGGAUUUUUAACAUGAAUACAAAGCACACACGCGCAGUUUUGUUUGGAUGAUUCCUUACAUCACCUCCUUUUGGAAUUGAAAAACGUUUCCCCUUUGCUGCAAAAAAUUCAGCGUAUUAAUUUAAAAAUCGUGGAAACAAAGUAAGAUUAUCAAGACUUUUAUAGUUACGCUUCCCACCGAGCGAUCUUUUUUUCUUCCAGGAAAACCUGUGGAAGUUCUUAUCGAAUUCAAGCUUAUGGCCUUUGGGAAAAUACGAGAAGAAGAAAUGGCAAGUAUCCUUGUCUAUUAGAUGUAGACUGCGUUGCAGACGUUAAACAGGGAAAGGGGAAGGCUGGAAUAUUGACCCUCGGGAAGGCCCUCGGGAUGACCCUUUCCUCCUCUCGCGCCUUUCGCCCUCCCGAAAUCCCAAAUACGAGAAGAAGAAAUGGCAAGUAUCCUUGUCUAUUAGAUGUAGACUGUGUUGCGGGCGUUGAAAGGGGAAAGGGUAAGGCUGGAAUAUGGGCAAUCGGGAUGGCCCUUGGGAUGACCAUUUCCUCCCCUUGCGCUUCUCGCCCGCCCGAAAUCUCCUUCCCCUUCCUUUUUGAACGCCCGCAACUCAGGCUAUUUCACGUAUACAUCUUCUGCUGCCCUUUUUCAAGUUAUCGAUGCGACUACUUAGGGAGAAAUUCCGUAAUGACUAAUGUGAAUUAUGGAUUCAAUGAUCUUAGGACUACACGAUAGAUAUAUUCUUUAGACAAUGGUGGACGGACCCAAGACUCGCCCAUGGACAGGAAAAGGUGUUCAAUGCUGCUCUCGAUCCGACCAAGCUUGGUAAAGGGAUAUGGACUCCUGAUACCUACUUUAGAAACGUCAAGUCUUCUAAUUAUCAUUCCGUUAGUCGAGAAAACAUGCGGCUUAGAAUAUUCAGUGAUGGGAGAAUUUAUUAUAGCGCAAGGUAAGAGGUAAAGCCAGUGCUAAUCUGAAAUGAAACGGUGAAAUGUUCCGGGGGGAGGUAGUGUUUGGUCAUCUCAAAAAUUGUGGUUUUGUUUUGUUUUUUUACGUAUACUAAACUUCUAAGAAGCAAUCACUGUCAGGACUAUUCGGCAAAAUAUGAAGUUUUUUAAAAACUAGUUCAAAUGAGCAAAAAAGAAAUUGUGAUCUCAAAGGUCGUUAAAAAAAUUUCGUUCAAAGAAAUUGUUAGAGAGAAUCUCCCCUAUAACUGAAAAUUUCUGUUACGUUGUUCUCUUUAUCCUACUCGAACCACUGAUUUAUUGAUUUCAUUUGUUUAUAUUUAUUUCAGAAUCACUCUAACAGCACAGUGUGAUAUGGACCUGAGGAUGUUUCCUUUAGACACUCAACAAUGUUACCUCAUAAUAGAAAGUUGUACGUAGCCAGAUGUUAAUUUUGCACUUUAUUUUUACAGUCUUGCCUUUUUAAUAUCUUAGUCAAUGAAGGCCUGAGCCUGUAAAGUUAACUGAAAUAAUACCAAGACUGGGGAACAAGAUUCUAUGAAGAAACAAAACAAAACAAAAAAACAGUAUAAGUCGUCAGCUUGUCAACCGGCGCUGAGCUUGUGAAAACGAGCAACACUACACGUAUGAUUGGUCAAAAAAGCACGGAAAUUUAUAUCAGAAAUACUUGUGAAGGCAAAACCACAAUGGCAAACCAGUGAGGGUCAGCAGGAUCUUUAGUAGACCUGGAUUAGUAAAAUCUUGAGUACCAAAUUUUAAAAUUAAAUCAGUAAACUGGUCCUUACGGCAGGAAGAAUGAUAGAAAAAAUAAAUAAACAAAACACAAAUAAAAAUAAAAAUAAAGUGGUGAAUCAUAUAAUUCACCACCUUAUUUUUGUUUUCUCUCUUUAUUUUUUCUCUCUCUCUUCCUGCCGUAAGGAUCGGUUUACUGUUUUAAACUUGGAAAUUUAGCCAAUCACACAGCAUAGCGUUACCUUGCUCCUAACGUCCUCCUCUUUUCUGACAGGACAUGCUCCCUAAAUUUGUUUGCAUUGUAGAUGCCUAUACAGUAGAUGAUGUCGUGUAUAACUGGAAAACGAAAGGUCCUAAUGCAAUUGAAGUUUUUGCCACUGAAUUGGCUCAAUAUGACCUUUUGGAUGUUGUUACAUCAAAAAAGGCGUCAACCAACAGCAAAGGUAAAGAUUAUUCAAUGUGGUUGUGUAAAGGUCGACUUAAAUGUUUCGGGUAAGUGCCUAGGAAUUUUUAAUCCAUUGGACGUAUAAGCACGAGAAAGUACGGGUACACGCACGAAUUGUUUUACGUAUAAUGUAGAUCCAGACCCCGUAACAAGGAUCACACACUUCAGGUCCAGGUUUCACACAAUACAUCAAUUCUAUGUUAUUGCCUGUGCCUCAUGCACAAAACUAUACAUACACAACUUUUCCCAAUUAAAUGAGCCAAUCAUGCACAAGAUUUGUCUUUGAAACUAACCGUAAAUGCUUUAAGCCUUCUUGAUAACCAUAGAAGGAUGAUCUGCGUAUAGGGGUAUAAGGAGCUUUUAAAAUAAGAUUAACUUCAAAACAAAUUUAAACAUUGCGCACAAGAACACUCCUUUAAAAAAAUGCUUGGAUUCGGCUCCCUUUCGCGAUACUCAUUGUCUAUUUGACUGAUUUUUAUUUUCAGGUUCCUUUGACAGUUUAAAAGCAACCUUCACCCUCAAGCGACGAACGACAUACUUCAUUUUCCAGCUCUACAUUCCUUCAGCGUUUGUUGUCUUCCUCUCAUGGCUCAGCUUUUGGAUAGACCGUCAUGCAGUUCCGGCUCGAAUUUCCCUGGUGAUCACGUGCAUUCUGAGCACUAUGUUUCUAUUUGAGUCAACUAACUCCAGUCUACCUCGAAUUUCCUAUCUUAAGGCGGUGGACCACUACUUGAUUACGUCGUUCGUGUUCAUCGUAUCUUGUAUGGUUGAAUACGUCUGUGUUUUGAACUUUCCGGAUAAAUCGUCUGCCAUACCUAGGAGUCAAAGCUUUGCGCCGGUAAGUUUAGAUCGCAACCAUUAAACAGUUUGUUACGGUGCUCGACUACUUAGGAACUGAUCUAAACUCUGAACUGUAUUCUUGGACGACGAAAAUGUAAACCCCUUUUCAAAGUGGGUUGAAGCCGGUUGGACGAGAAGCGAUAACCAUAACAGCUCUAGUUAUGAGGAGUUAUUCCGAUUCAUCUCUGCCAUUUUUGAAGUCAAAAACCACUGGGAAAGGUUCGAAUCUCGCUGCAAUUGAUCCUUUUAGGUGCAGAAGUACUAGAGCUUACGUUUAUUUGAGUGUCUUAAGACCUCUAACAGUUCUAAAAAUAAUUCCAAAACAUUUUUUGGUGAAUUUCUGGGGGACAGAAAAAAAGAAACUUACUGAAACCGCCGUUUCACGUUCUCCUUAAAAUCUUGAAUUUAAUUAUUUGGUAGCGCGCAAAGCACUCAUGAUCCAGUGGCGGAUCCAGACCUUCAGAUGAGGGUCUCAAUGGGGUGGUGGCCUCUACGGUUAUCGGCUAAAAUUUUGGCUCUUUUACGGCUAUCGGUUAAUUUUUUUCAGUUACGGUUAACGAAAAAGUUAAAAAUUAACUUCUUUUGUUUCAAAAAAUUAAAUAUUAAUUAACCUGUAUUUUUUUGAAUAAAGGUCUUCAGAUCAUCUCAGGAUUAUCCGUUCCAGAUAGCCUGUGUACGGCCGCCCACUCCACUCAGAAAAUUUCGGAGAAAGGGUGUCUGUGGGGAGGACGCGACUGUACACAGGCUAGUCUCAGACGGAUGAUCCAUUUCUAGCUCUAGUGUGAAAAUGGCCAAUAAAUUCCCGUGUCCAGUGUUUUUAAUGAUAGUGAAGGAAUGUACGGAACGACUGUCUGCCGUUGCCUUGUCCGUAGGCCGCAUUAUUCCGUGCGGCUAAUGCGUUUCGGGUCACGUGGUCCGAGAGAGUUCGCCACCGAAAUGCCUUGACCGAGAUUGCGUGGGAAGACGCUGUACGGGGACUAGGCAUGGCAAUGUCUACCGUAGCGUCAGAGAAAAACAGGGAAAUGUUGUUUAUCGGCAACGUGUUUUACAAACAGUGACAUCUCUGCGUGUUGUUUCAUUAGUGUUUCGAGGGCACGACCUCCGGAAAAUUGCAAAUAUUAAUCCCAAGGAAGAAGCCACACUUUCGCUAUGGAAAAAAUUAGUUCCCCGAGAGAGCGCCGGAAAUGGAACCUAGGUCUUGGUUAAGGCGCUUCGCCUAACGUGCGUACAGAAUCACACUAGCCGGGAAAUAAAAAACGGAACCAUAAGUGAGUUUAGUAUCUUCCUUAAAAGUGGCAAAUCUAGGAAACACUUUCUUUUACGGUUAACUCUUUUUUACCCUAUUUACGGCUAACGGUUAAAAUUUUUCAAUUUUUACGGCUAUCGGCUAAAUUUUUGGCCGUUUUACGCCUAUCGGUUAACCCCAUUGAGACCCUCUCAGAUAAGUUGGGUGGGGGGAACCUUCAGAUGAGGGGGGGGGGGAGGGACAGGCCCUCCGGACCCCUGCCCUGGAUCCGCCACUGUGAUCUCUUCCUGUACAGGGCAAAUGACUUCUAUAGAGCGUUUUCACUCACGUGUCCAGCAUCUAUGCAAAUUUAUUGGAAGAAAAGAAAGUUUUUACAUAAGAAAAGAGUUCAACUCCCACAGGAUUGGUUUGAAACACCAACAUGGCCACCGUUUCAUUGUUUUAAGAAAACGCUCUAUAGAGCUAAGGUGGCCAGCAGCUAUGCAAAUUUAUUGCGACAAAACAAAGGGUUUACAUAAGAGAAGGUGUUCAACUCCCACAGCACUGUUUUGGGACAACAACAUGGCCACUGUUUCUCUGAUUGUUUUGGGAUACUAUUAUGGAAGACGUGACGUCUUGUGAAAAGGCUCUAUUGUCUUGUACUCACUACGGCUACUAGUUUAUUUCCUUAUGCCAAUUUUCUUUAGAACCAAUGUUCGAAUAUCACAAAACUAAAACUAAUACCUUUUUCCCCCAAGCCUCCAACACCGUGUCAAGGAGCGAGUUCUAUCACAGAAAUGAUGGAUCAUCACACAGACUGCAAUAAAGAACGACCAAAUGGUGUUGCUGGAGGUCUGUCGCUUAGAAAAGGAGCUUUUCUCCAUGAAAAUCUUUCGUCGGCAAGAAAAAAGCAGUCAUCUUCUUUGAACCCCUUUAUCGAAGGGUUUCCCAUAAAGCAAUAUCCCCCUCAUUAUAUUGACAAGUACGCGCGCAAGAUAUUUCCGCUUCUCUUUGGACUAUUCAAUAUAAUAUACUGGUCUUACUAUCUACCGCGCCGAUGA